CAAGAAAAAGAGCUUGCAAAAUGUCGACUAAAAAUGAACAAGAUCAGUUGAAUCUAAAAGAGUCUUUGACAAAAGCAUAUGCUCUUGUCGGUGAAAAGAUAACAUUGAAAGAGAAAGGUAUUUUGAAUCGUCCAACGGAGAAAGUCGCUCAUUGGAAGCAAGCGUUCUAAUCAAUAUAAAAAGGCUCGAUUGAGGAAACAUUACUAAAUCGAUUAGAGAAACUUGAUAUCAUUGAGGGAGUGAAGGACGACCCCAAAGGAUCGUUUGUUAAACAGUGUUUGGAUGUUUUAAUCAAGAUACAAAAAGCACUAUUAGAAGUAUGCUAUACGUCUACAAGCGAAUUUGGACAAAAACCGAGUCGAGAGAUAUUUUGGGUGUAAGAGACUUGAGAUUGGUACACACAUUGUUACAAGUAAUUGUAUCAUGGGGUUUAUAUCCUUGUUUCUUACCUGGAGUGGGUGUUCCAUUAUCAAAAAGAGUAAAAUCUGGCUACAUCAAUCACGAGUUAUUAACAGCAGAAGAAGACGGUCAUGAGGACAAGAGAAGGACUCCUUCGACGAUACACCAUACAAAUAAACAACAAACAUUAUUGAGGCUAGUGACACCAUUAGUGGAUAUGAUUGCUUCUAGCGAUAAAGUACCUGAUAGCAAACAAUAUACCACAGUAGCCUCUAUACUACUCAAUAGGCAUUUACCUGAUCUUUAUGCUGCCUUAUUACAAUUAGCCUAUGCACCUAACUCAGCAUUUAACAAGUCUAAUACCUCCUCUUCGUCGACAGAUACCCCUCCUACAACAAUAACAACAGCAACAACUACUACUACUACUACUACUACUACUAAUAGUCAACCUACCCAUAAUGUACCCAUGACACCAGGGAAUAUGAUGGCCAUCAAGUCAGUCAAUGCAACGAUAACACGAUCAACAGCGGCAACAGCGACAACAAGUUACUUAUCGAAAGAAGAAAGAGAUAAAUGCGCUCGUAUGUUUAUGUGGCUAUUCGAAAAAUCCGAUCUAGUAAGAAGCAUGGAAUCAUUAAUGGGUCUCCUCCGCAGUGAUAGCAGCAGCAGCAACAGCGAGAGUCAAAGAGCGUCUUCCGUUACAGAGCCUGUACCCAAUUGGUUACGUACCAUAAGUGGUCGUUUCUUGUCUCGAAUUUUACUGAAACCCAAUGGUGUUUCUGUCAUAUUGAACUUCAUCAUAGGAGAUGUGGAGCAGCUGCAGCUGUCUCAAUUAGAAAGCAUAUCCAAACUCAUUCUAUCCGUCCCUCAACAAAUGCCAUCUAUUGAAAGCUACUAUGCCGUCAUCACGCCUCAACUAUUGCACAUUUUACAAAAUGAACCCAUCGCGUCGCCGAUGUGUCAAGCUGUGAUUUUCAUUGUGGGUCGGAUGGUUGCUAAAUACCCGGAACUAGCAAAGAAGUACAUUAUCGAUAAAAUUGUAGGGCCAUUGUUAUCCAUCUGGGAACAACAGCCUCUACCAUCAGAACCUACCGAUGAUAAUGAUGGUGAUGAUGAAAUCAAGAUAACUGAAGCUGAAUUAGUGAACAUGCUCCAUAUUCUGCAUCGUAUUCUCAUGGGAGGUGAGCCUGGUGUCAUUACCCAGACCCUCCUUUCUUCUUCGAUUCAUGUCUUGUACCACCUGUAUCAAUUCACUUGUCAGUCCAAAUCCAGCUUAAAAGAAGUUGUGUUGGACCUGCUAUCGACCUAUUUUCGUAUUACUACCACAUCGGAUGCGAUUCAUGAACUAAAAAGGAUUUUGCUCGAUUCCGCGGAUGUCAGUGGCACGCGCCUCGCUUAUUUCGCACCGGGCCCUACGAUAGGCGGUGGCGUGGUGGUGCGUGUCAGGAGAAAGCCUAAGCUGUUGGCAGGUAAUGAACUGCCUAUAGAUGCUUCGAUCUUGGUUGAGUUUCUACAAAAGAGUGAAAAUGAGGAUUUGUGUGGAGACUUUUUCGUAUUUCUAUUGAAUGAAUAUUCUUCACUGAAGACAAGACAGUCCAGUGACCCACGAAUCAUCUUGAUGAUAUUGCAUCUCAUCAUGGGAAUGCUAGACACGUUGGGACCUGCCAUUUUAAACAAACCUACACAAAUUAUUUCAUUUGCUAAUAAUGUGAUACAAGAUCAUGCCGACAAGCUUGAUAUCCAUCACAAGACGGCGACCGAAGAACAGAAAAAGCAAAAGAAAGUGUCGGGUUUUCCCGAUAUGCUGAGUAAUAUUGUAAGUCAGGAAGAGUUUGAAGCGAUGAAUGAAGACCACGAUGAACAGUUGUCCACGGAAGACGAUGAAGAGUCUUUGAUUUUGGCUAUCAACUUAUUAAGAGCUGUUAUGCAUGGAAAUGACAAUUUGAAUGAAAAGGCAGUUCAAUUAUUAAAGUCCUCCAUGGAACCGUUGAAGGUCAUCGAAAAACAGCAUCCUUUUGAGCUCGUGUCCGAAGCGGUCAAUGAACUUUUAUUGGCAUUGACUUCUUUCCUUUCGUCAGAAAGUAUUUCUAAAGCGACAACGAGCAACAGCAGCUCCUUAGAGGCCAGUAAGGAGAAAUACAAGUUGGCAAUGAAAUCACUUCAAGAUGAGUUGUUACCGAUUCGUGCCCAUGGCAUGGGGCUCUUGAAAGAAAUGGCGCUUGCCAAAGAUCCAUUAGUAUCCAGUGGAGAAGGGCUGGACCACCUUUUGGACAUUUUUACGCGUUUAGUACAGGAUGAAGAUAGUUACAUUUACUUGAAUGCUGUGAAAGGACUAUCUGCUAUGACAGAUGCCUAUGGAAAUGAAAUUAUUAAAAAGCUGGGUGAAGUAUAUACGAACAAGCAGCAAAAGUUAGAUAAUAGAUUGCGAAUUGGUGAAGCUUUACUACAAACGAUACAACGCUGUGGUGAUGCUUUAGGAAAAUACGCCCACACGCUGCUUGAACCUCUUGAAACAGUUUUGGGAAGAAGAGAUGAAGAUAGUCAUUUACGAGUAUCUGCGCUAUCGAUCCUAGGGAUGGCUUGUCAAACAUGCCCUGUGGCUCUAUCGGCGCAUAUGAACGGAUUGAUUGAUUGGGUUCUGAACAUUCUCGAAAUUGAAAAGGUACCUGAAGUAAGACGAGCAGCGACUGUAUUGAUUUUGUCUUUAUUCCGAGGUUUAGCAGCACAAACAUUAUACGAAUACCCUACAGAAAGCCUGAGAAGGACUUAUAGAACUUUGCGAUAUAUUGAAGAAACAGACGCCGAUGAACUUUGCCGAUAUCAGGCCAGAGUCGCAUUAAGUGAUUUAGACGAUAUCAUGCGAGGUGAAAUAUUUAAACAUCCACAAAGUGCUUCAUUGAAUGUCAGGUAUAAGUAGGAAAAAAAAAAGAAAUAAAAGAUAAUGGCAUUUAUUCGUCCUUGUAAGAAUAUAUGAAAAUGAACCAGAAAUGUAGUUUGAAAAUAUGUUGAUAAAAUAUGUAUAAUAAAGAGACAUCAAUAAUCCUUUAUGGAAAGAAAAAGCAUUCUUGUGCUUGAUGUUGUAUGGUAUGUGUGUGUGUGUGUGUGUGUGUGUGUGUAUGUAUAUAUAUGAAGUAAAGAUCAAAUAGAAAUGCGUUUUUCAAAUGGUAUGACAAAGGCUUACAAUCGAGCUUUGCGUGGUUUAACUGAUGAACCGGGGAAUAUACUGUUACGAUA